AUGGCUCCGCAACUUUCAUGGAUCGGCCUCGGCAACAUGGGCAGAGGCAUGUGCGCCAACCUCGUUUCCAAAGGGAACCUCGACAAGCCAUUGAUCCUGUACAACCGCACCCAACAGCGUUCAGAUGCUCUCUCCACCAAGCUGGGUACCGACAAAACCAAAGUCGCAUCCACAAUUGGCGAUGCCGUGAAGGACAGCGACAUCAUCCUGAUGUGCGUGGGCGACGACGCCGCCGUCAACGCUACAGUCGACACGAUCCUGGAGUCCGACGUCAAGGGAAAGACCAUUGUAGACUGCAGCACCGUGCACCCAGACACGACCAAUGCUCUGGAGGCACGCAUCACGGCCGCGGGCGCCGAGUUCGUCGGCAUGCCGGUCUUCGGUGCGCCCGCGAUGGCAGAUGCGGGGAGCUUGGUGUGCGUCACUGCUGGGAAAGCGGAGGCCGUGAAGAAAAUCCUCCCGUAUACUGAUGGCGUUAUGGGGAGAGUGACCAUCGAUUUCUCGAACCAGCCCGCUGGCAACGCGACUCUGCUGAAGGUCAUUGGCAACACUUUUAUCCUAAACAUGGUGAACCAGCUGUCCGAGGGCCAUGUGUUGGCCGAGAAGAGCGGGCUGGGCGUCGACAACUUGCAUAAGUUCAUCUCGACUAUGUUUCCAGGACCGUGGACAGCGUACUCACAGCGCAUGCUCGAGGGUGACUACUAUAAGCGGGAUGAGCCACUUUUCCACAUUGAUCUUGCGCGCAAGGACGCUAGACAUGCAAAGGCACUUGCAGACGCGAGCGGCAGCAGCGUGAAGGGGCUUGACGUCGCGCGAGCACGAUUGGAUGGUGUGAAGGAGCACCUGGGGGACAAAGGUGACAUCCCGAGUGUGUAUGGUACUGUGCGGGAGGAGAGCGGCCUUGAGUUUGAAAAUGAGAAGUAA